UCUCUCUUCAAACCACUUCACCUUGAGCAUCUGAUCACGACAAUCUCGAACCAGAAACUGUGCUAAUUUGGAGAUCUUUGGAGGUCUUGAAGGUCUUCCCACCAGCUGUUCAUCCUGCCAGACAUGUCCAGUCCACUGGAGCGAGUGGUAGCCCAGAAGAAGAGCGCCAUUGAAGCAUUAAUGGAGAUGUUUGAGAGGGGAACCGAGGUUCUGGCCAGCGCUGUUGGAGAGCUGUGUCCUCUUUUUGAGGUCGCUUCCCCGGUUUUAAGGCUGGUGCUGGAUAAUGUGGAGAGCAAAGAGGUCAUUUAUGUGAAAGAUCAGUUUCUAGCUGUGAGGAGCAAACUAGAUGUCAUCUCAUCUCAGCUAACAGACAUUGAUUGUGAGAUCAGGAGGAGACGUUUGGAUUCUCAGUACUUCUCUGUGGAGGAAAAUCUGCGGAACCAAUUCAGAAAAUACAUUGACAUUCUGGAAGCCAAACCUGAAUACAAAGAGGUCAAAAAACGCUUGUUCUUGGAGCAUUUUUUAAUAACGGGAGGAGAUAAAAACCUCUCUGUGCUUUACGAUGCUUUGAUGGGACAUGGCACAUUUGGCGAGCCGAUUCUGGAUGUUGUGGAAGAAUACGAAGGCAGAAACCGAAGGAUGAUGGAAGACUUCUGUGUUAGACUGAAGGAGCUUCUCUGCCUGGGAAUAAUCCCUUUACUGGGAUAUUACUUUCUCACUCAGGGCGAAGAGGCCGAGCAAGAGAAGAUUCAAGAGUGGAACAUGAAGAUCCAAGAAAUUGAGAUGAAGAUGAAGGAAACCAUCGAGAGAUGUGUGAGUUCAUUUCCAGAGCAAGCUGAACUGGACAUCAACAGGCUUGUGAAGGAGAAAGAGGACUCAAACCUCCAAGAUUUGGCUAAGGAACUGCUGGAAUUUCUGGUGAAGAAGUACGACUGGGUGAGCUGGUCCAUCAGAGUCAUUACUAACAUGAGCAAAUAUAGAGACUUGAGAGCUGGACAAAACUUUCAGUGUGUGGCCGGACAGAAAUGUUUUGAAGUGUCUCAAGGAAACGACACUAAUCUGGUGGUGUCCUACUGCAGCAACCCGCAGCCCGUGCCCGAUGAGAGCGUAAAACAGAUGAUGGACGGUCCUGCCAAGAAAGGAGAUGCCAAAGCUGUAGUGGAGGUCCUGGACAAACAGCUAUCUGGGUUUUUGGUUCACGCUAUCAGUCGUCACAAGGAGAGCUUUGCUGUGUCGAGUUUUCCUGAAGAAUGCCAUUACUGGGAAAAACAUAAGAAUGUCAAUGUGUGUGUGCAUUCUGAGUAAAUGCAUAAAUGCAACCUAGAAUUAUUAUAAAACCACAUAUAAAACAAUUUUAUGACUUUUAAUUAGAUGUUAAAUGCAAAGUUAAAAGCACUCUAGUUGUGAGCUUUAUGCUGUAAUUUCUUGCUAAUUUAAAUUAAGUUAUAAUCAAAUUUGGCCACAUAUUAGAAAUCCAAUGUGCAAUUUUUGGAGGAGCUAUUGACAGGAAUAUAAUAUUAAUAUACUGUAUAUAUAAGAUUAUUUGACUCAUUGUUGACUGCACUUUAUUAAUGCAUGUUUGCAUUUCCUUUAAAAUCAAUAGAGAACAAUACUACAUAUGUGGUGCUAUAUAAACAAAACUGGCAAAGAAUAAUGCUUCCCCAUUUAGCCUGUGUGAUGACCUGCUUUAGCUCAAACAGACAUGACAGAAUCUGUUCCUUCUCAACCUUAUAAAGCCCCAAAGCAAGACGUCUCGGGAAACUAAGAUGCCUUGCACAGCAAAGAGCCAAUCAUGAUGUUAGACUAAAACAACCUCUUUAAAAUUCAUGUCAGUUCCAUGACAUUUUUACAUGGUCACAAUUCAGGAUAGUUUAAUGAUUUGGUGUUUUUUGAAGAGCCACUGAUUAAUCUAACUUCAGUUUUUGUAAGGCAUGUUUUCCAUUAACACUGUUGACAUUCAUUGCUAUUAAACUCGCUGAAGUGGACACAUACACCACUCAAAGUCUUGUCUAAUGAAAUUACUUCAUUUGUACGUAGGUCAGCAUUUUCUGUCCAGGCGCUGCAGUAAUAGAUGGCGAGUACAGUUUUGUUCUGUUAAUAUAAAGCUGAAGAGCUCCAGAGUGCUGUGAUCAGCUCUUCAGAUCUCGUCUUUUAGAUCGCUGAAGUGCCGAGUAAGGGAACAAUCCAGCAAGGCCUUAACUUAGUACAGUAUGCGGUUCUGCAAACACAACUGAUGGUCUUAAAAACUUGUUGACUUGCUUUACAGAUUUUGAAAGGGACAUUUUCUUUUUCAAGUCAACAUUAAGAUGAAGAGAUGUCAGCAAAUACUAGUGUCCAUUCAGAUGGUCUAAACGCAUUCUAAAUGUAACACAGUGUAUUUGGUCUUUUUUAUCUUGUUAUUUAUUUUUGUAAAGUUUUUGUUAUUUCAUUUUAUUUGUUGGUAUUGCCUCUUUCAAACAUAAGAAGGCUCUUCUAAAGUCCCUAGGUUUCUCAACCAUUUCAUUCUCCUGUCUCAGGGGCUAAAUGGCUCGCCGAUAGAAACUCUUGUAUUUAUUAGUGGUUGAGGCUUCUGUCCUGGUUGGAGGUAUUGAUCCAUUUGGCUUCCAGCUCUGAUAAAGGUUUCUUGGUGGCUGAACCUUAAACUUGACUGCUAUUAUAGUAUCCCAGUAUGACAGGUUCCGCUUGACUGCAAUCAUUUUUGUAUGUUAAAUAAUAAAAGUCCCUAUUACUGUACACAUUUUGAUGGCAGAGGGUGCUAACAACACAUUAACUGAGUAGAUGCAGAAAUUAUGGUAACAUGACUGGUGCAUUUUCCUUUAGUAAUGUCAUGUUUUCACAAAAGGACAGUGUUGAAAUAGACACUGGGUUUACAAGGAUUAACUAAACAAAAUUUUUGAAACGUUCAUAUUUGGUCCAUCCAUGCAUAUGGACAUUUCUUCAGAAUAUUCUUUAGCCAAACUACAGACUUUGUUUGUUACACAAGAACAAAAAAAGUCCGACCUACUCCAGGAAACUCAAUAUUAAUAUUUAAUAAACCAAUACGUGAUUUUAUGAAGCCCAACAUUAUAGUAGUGCCAAGGGCAGAUGAUCAAUCCCAGGAUGCAUCACUUUGGCUGGAUCUGCCAAUCACAGGCUGAACUAAUGACAUUACCUUUUCAUCAGAGUGGACCAUCGACCGCUCUCCUACUCUUAAGUGGUCUGAUCUGAUAAAAAGCAUUAAAACAUUUGUACUGCGACACACACCAGCUCACCCACAGCAUUAGGUUUAUCCUUUUACCUCUUCUGCCGCUUAAUCCUUAGAAUAUUUUGCUUGCAAAGAGAACUUUCAAGCCAAUGAAUCUUCAUCAUAAAAAAGCUCAGUUGCCCAACAUAUGAAAAUGUAUUUAGUUCUGAUUACUCUGGAAUCUCUCUAAAAUAAUACUGCAAAUACUGUAAACAAUACUUUUUUUUGACACUAUGACUUUAAUGUAUAAAUACAUUAUCAAAUACCAGGGUAAAUGUUUUACCCUGUUUGAGUUUAAUAAAUCAUUUCCGUGUAAAUUUACUGCAAGGAUAUCAGGCUGCCAGGGGCGUGAGUAGACUCUUCCGUGUGAAAAUGAAUCAUGGUUUUAUUAAAGUAUAGCAACAAUGUUUUUGGUGGAUUGAUUGCAAUAUUCAGAAACAACAGGCAAAUGGAAUUUACUCGUGCAUCCUAAAUCCCGCAACUUCCACAG